AUGUCAUUGUUCAUAUCGCUCAUAUCACUUCUUUGCCUCGCCCUUCAGAUCGGGUCUCAGAGUUCAUCGUUCUCCCAUGAAAUCGCAGGCAUUAAGGGUCUUGUUCAGGAGUCGGGAUUGAAGUUUCAUAUGCAUGCGACUGGGACCAUUAUCGUCGCUAAUAGAUUAUUUUCAGAAGGACCGUGGGACGAAGUUUUCCGACUGAUUGGUGUCGCUCACACUUUAGUCCAUCACAGCGGUAUUUCGAGGAUCCAAACUGAUGUUCGUAUCAUGACGAGGUAUGAUCUAAGACAUGGAAUUUCUUACAACUUUGAAAAUGUGCUUAUGAUUUCUAUUACAUAG